AUGCCAGACAUAGAUCUUUUGGCGGAUCCAAUUCCGACUGCCUCUGGUUCUGGAAAUGUGCAAGUGGCGACCGCGUCAAGCCCGGCCAAGAAGGUCAAAUUUUCAUCAGUGAUCGAUCAAUUGGGCGAGACAGAGAUAAACACUAUGACUCAGAAAGAGCUGGAUCAGGCGUACGCGAACCACACGGAGAUCACGGGGGCAGAGCCCCCUUCGGAGGCAGAACCCAUUCCGGACCAGAUAGCCGCUCUUAAGCAGAGGGUGGUGGACAGAAGAGAGUGCCCGUGUGCGGACUUCAGUGUGCUGACCCCCUUUGGAAGGAGACUUCAGAAGCAGAUGAAGGCCAGAUCGUGGGUCCUUCAGGUAGAUGGCACUUUCAAGGGUCUCGAUGUUCCGGGUCCUCCCAGCUACGAUGCAUGGGCGGCACGCUGGAAGGUGUACAGAUCAGCUCUUUUCAUGCUCAGGUAUCCCUCGGAGAUCGCUGGUCAGAGACAAGUGGUGACGGCCGCGGCCCUCGAAGAAUACUCAGAUCGCAUCGCAAAGCUGAAUGCCGAGUUCCCAGAGACAUGGCAUCUGGUUAUGCAGGCCGAGGACCGAUGUUGGGGAGAGAUGUUCGAAAGAUACAGGAGACUGCUGACAAAAGCGGCGGCCGUGGGACGACUUCCCAUGGCCAUCGACUUCGAUGUGGCGACUCCCUGGACUGGUGUGUUCAUCUACGCGGCCAGGGACAUAGACUUCUGGAACGAGCAUGUAGUUCGCCCUGCGCAGAACUUCAUUGCAAGGGGAAGGAGAUGCAUGUCACAGCAGAGGGCCGAGGAAGUCAACUUGCCGAGGGGUCCAAGGAGGUCAUGCUGGUUUCUCGAAAGCGUGGAGGAGGUUGCCGGGAACGUGGCCGAAGCGAUGGAACCCCUGGAUGGCUACUACAACUGGGAUAUCUUUGUCGAUGCGGACUUCGACAGGGCCAAGGAGGCAGUCAAGAGGGGACCGCGCGCGUUUGGCAAUCGAGCAAGAAGGACAGACAGCCACGGGGCCGUGGAGGUCAUCAGGUCAGAGAAACAUCCGCUGGGAUGGGGACAUCCGCUGGCCGAGCAGGGCAACAAGCUGGCGGAGAGAGCAGGAGGCGCAUUUUCUUUGGAGAAUCCAUGGGACUCCUUUGCUUGGGGUCACCCGGCGCUACUGAAGAUCCUCAAGAAGGUGAAUGUGCGUUGUGUACUCCUGAAUCAGUGUGCCUACGGAGCAGAAUCGGUGAAACCCCCGGCUAUCAUUUCAACUGCAGGAUGGAUACUCACUGUCAACCGGACGUGCAAAGAUGUGCCGCCGCAUUACCAUCUCGAACACGGACUCACUGGCAAAGUCUUCGACCCGAAUGUCGGCCAGCAGGUGUGGCGGACAUCACUCGCGGCAGAGUACCCAGCGGGUCUGUGUUGGAGUUGGGCGGAAGCACUUCGCGCGUGGCUGGUCUCAGACGAAGGCAUCAAGAUCAUGACGCCCCGUACUCUGGUCAAGACCGGCAAGUUCAACUACAUCCUUGUGCGGCUCGACCAUUACAUGAAGGACGCAAGCAAAGAAUCACCUCUUCUUGCAUCAGAGAUCAAGGAGACAAAGGCGGAGCCGCGACAGAGAGAGAACAGCGCUGCAGUUGGGGGCCUCAGGGACCCCAGACGCGCUGUUGCUAGGUCACAGCAGUUGAGACAAACCGGAACCGAAAUCCGCAACGUGAUCGAUGAGUUCUUGUCUGAAGAAUUGAUUGCACGCUUUGAAAAUACUAACGGCUAUCAAGUCAACCUCUUCAAGAAGAUUCUCCUCGAGGCGAAUGAUCCCGAUCGCAGCACCAUUCCUGACUGGCUUGAAUUUGGUUUUCCCCUCGGCGUAAAUGAGCAAAUCGUGAGCAAUGGCGUCUUCCCGGAGACGGACUCUGUGUCGGCCUCCAUCAAGGCCUCCCAGGCCCUAGGCAUUUUCCUUGAGGAUUGGGAUGGCAGUGCAGAGAACUACAAAUCCUUUGAAGAGGCAGGCGCAAAAGGGCAAGCUGAACUGGACAGACUCGUGGAGUGUGGCCGCGCAACAAAG